AUGUCCAAGGACACCCUCUCUACAUCUCAGGCCUACCCAGAGCCACCAACGAAAAAGCGGAAUGACCUCCUUAUCGAGCUCAUCGCUGGCAGUGUUGGAGGCGCGACGCAGGUAUUGGUUGGCCAACCAUUAGAUACGCUCAAGACGAGAGCACAGACAGCGCCAAAAGGGCAGUUCAAGAAUACGCUCGACAUCUUUCAGACGACUGUAAGGAGGGAAGGAUUCCUUGCUCUAUACAAGGGAAUGGUCACAGCAGUCAACUCACUCCUCUUCACCGCAUACGGUGCUUCGCGUCGACUGGUAUCGCCCUACCCAGACCUGUCGAUCAAGCAGGUGUCGUUAGCGGGCUCCAUGGCCGGCGCUGCCAACGCCAUCUUGGCCUCACCUGUCGAGAUGUUCAAGAUCCGUAUGCAAGGCCAGUACGGAGGUGCAGGCGAUAAGAAACUAUCUGGGGUAUUCAAGGAUAUGUGGCGAGAUUACGGUUUCAGGCAUGGGAUCAUGCGGGGUUAUUGGAUCACUGUAGUAAGGGAGGUACCGGCGUAUGCUGGAUUCUAUGCUGGAUACGAAACGACCAAGCGGUUCUUUCAAUCUCGCUCGUCUGACCCUGCCGCUCAGCUGCCCGUCUGGUCGCUAAUGACCUCUGGCGGUGUCGGCGGUAUCUGCUACUGGCUCGCUUGUUACCCGCUGGACGUGGUCAAGUCGAGGGUACAGCUGGCGGACCGGCCACCGGUCGGCGGCGGAUGGCUGAGUGGCGGGUACAUUACGCGGGAAUUGGGCGCCAUCGUGCGGGAAGGCGGAAUACGAGCGUUGUUCAGAGGCUUGGCACCGAGUUUGAUCCGAGCUGUACCUGCUGCUGCUUCGACUUUCGUUGCUUUCGAAUUGACACGAGACUUUAUCAUCAACCAUCAUUUGAUUUAG